UUCGACGGAGACCAAUCAGUUUAAGCAGCCCAAAGUAGAGUAUUGUGAACGUUAAGUGGUGCCACGGCGGAAUUGAUAAAGGUUUACCCAUGAAAUCGGAGUUUAAUUUCUGAAUUUGUGAUAUUUGAACUAUUUAUUUAAUAAUAAGUUUUACAUAAGUAAAGAUGUUAAUGGAGCUCUCGAUCAAGUAAAUAUUAUAAGACAAUUUUGUUGAAAAUGGAUGUUUAAGGUUCUGUUUUAUAUGCAUGUGUGUCGCUUUAACGGGAACUUUAUCAAUGCUUGGGGCCGUAAGCUUCGUUCUGGCGGCGCUGGUGUGCGCAGCAGUAGGCGAGAACGCCGCCACUUUCGAUGACGAUCUUCACCUUGAGGAGCACGAAACUGGCGGACGGUUGCGCCUUCAAAGUCGCGGGAAGCUUGCAGAAAUCGUAGACCUUGACCAGAUUCCGAAUAUAAAGCGUGUUUUAUGUCGUGGUGGGAAGAUCCUUGUCCGGCUGGAGGACGGCGGCCAGGGAGAUGUGGCCUGGUCAGCCGGAGCCCUCGUGGUGGGUAGCCCCCGCUGGAACUGCACUCACAACUCUCUCAAGCCCCACUCUCGCACCAUCUAUGCCCGGAUAGCGGAUAUCCGUCGACCCAAAGACCGGGUCAUAGAGAUACACACUUCCGACGCCGGGCCCUUGGACAUGUUCGAGCAGGCGGACAUUCGGGUAGAGUACGCCCAAGGGGAGUUGCGGCCCUCUCGCCACCGCCGCUACCUCUCCAAUCCGCUGAGGACCGCUCUCAACGCCGUUAACUACAACGCCUCCUUCACUCGUAACGUCCCCUUCAACAGCCUGGGAGACGACUCGGCAUAUGCGUCUGUGAACCUGUACAAAAGGACGGGCCGCCAUGAGCCUGAAGUGGAUACUAACCCGGCCGUCCCCCAGGAUGAUAAAGAUUUCCUGUUCCGGUGCUAUAAUUGCCAUGGUUACAGUCACGUUUCAUACUACAUGGAACUAAAAAUCUACAAGGUUAACAACAAACCUGUAAUCAAGAAGUACGUCAUGGAAAUGGACAUCAACUCUAAGAUUAAACAUGAGUACAAUUUAACAACCGACAAGGAGAUUUCACUGACAAAAUACGGCGUUGUUAUGAAGAACGAAACCAUGCCAAUAUUCGAGGUUCCCUUAGCAACGUUUAAAACGUUCGCGCCUAUAAUGUUGACGGUGAACUCCUCGAGCCAGGGAAACAUCUUCCUGAAGGCGGUCGCCAAGGAAGCCACGAACUACGAAGGAAGCUUCGAGCUGAACGGCAGGACAGUCAUUUCACAGCGGUUCGAAGAGGGGGCCACCCCGGAGAACGAGGCUAGUGUGUACAACUGGACAGUGGUCAGCGGGUACCAGCAGGUGGACACGAACCACACUUUCAAUACGUCUUGGGCCUUCCAUCAGAAUUUGACCCUUACCCCGACCAUCUCAUGGGGGCAAAAGGAUAUAAACAUGAACCUCGGCCCGCCCGUGCAGCUGAGCAUCCGUCCGACGGUGAACGUGGUGUCUGGGUCGAACACGGUGACAAGAUGUGACAAAGUCAAGGUCACAGUAGACAGCAACGUCUCUGUAGCGGAGACAGACUUCUCCGUGGAUGCGUUCGGAAUCCAUAUAUGGAAUGUGAAGGUAAUGAACGGCCUGUCGCGGCGGUUCAGCCCCCUUGAGCAAUCCCUUUCCACCGACUGCCACGCUGACUGUCACGCGCCGGGCUUCGAAAAGAACGCUGACGUAACCAUGGAGGAUGCGUGCGGGCAACCAGAGGGAAAAAUUGUCCGCGGCGACGAACGAUUCAGCAGUUUGUAUCAGUUAUGGGGAGAUUUCAUUAUGUUCGCUGUCGAGGAAGGCGAGAACGCCACAUGGUGCGGUACGCCGGGACGCGCGUGUGUUGACUGCCGCCAACACGUGGUCGGUGAUGACGUCGCUAGCGUUUGCGCCGACCGUCUUGUAUCUACUGAACUGGCCGCCACGCUAACACAUUUGGCCAAGUUUGUAAAAGCUGAAUGGCCCGACAGAAAGCUCUAUGUAAAGGAAGCAUUUGAUGAGCCUACAUCGGAUUUCCCUGAUGGUCGUCAUGGCAACGAGUCAGUGUUCUACGAAGGUCGUGGAAUAGAGGUCGCCAUCACAAAGCCGAACGCGUUCGAUCCCGUCGCCCUGGAAACAGACGAAAACAUCCUACAACGUCUGAGCGAGCUGUCUGUGUGCUCCAACUUUGCCUACGUUAAACAGCGAGAUGGUGGCGUGGGGGCGUGUGUGGAUCCACGUGUGAAGAUGGAGCGCAGUAAGCGGUCCCUUGUUUCCAGGACACGGCGAUCCGGUCACGUGGAACACACCAUGGUGGAGGACCUUCUCACCAGGCUCGGUGCAGCGGUGCGGAGCGGACCGCCGACCAACAUGUCGCUGGUUUCACCCCUCGGUGUCGGGGAACGGUACCCGGCCGGGGAGACCAUGGACGUUGCAUGCGGAGCGGCCACGGGACCUGUCACACAGGAUGACACGCCCAGAUUUAGGAGGUUAGUGGAGUAUCCUUUGAACGACACGAACCUAGAGUUCGAACCGGAAGGCCUCUCUUCUAAGUGGUGCGGUGUGGAGACGCGGCGCUGCUUGGCGGACUGCCGGAAAUCGACGGGGGACAUUGACGACCAUUGGCGCUGGUGUGGCACGCGGACCAUGCACAUGCGCCUAGCAGCCAGGCUUAAGAGGCUCAUCACCAUCUUAACGGAUACUGUCAUAGUUGAGAAGGCGUUAUCCAUGGACGACUCGGACGGCUCUGCAAGCCAGUUUAAAGAGGGGAGGGCGGCUCGCUUAUCACUGAAACCUGGUGCCGCGGUGUCGGUGUCGGUUUUUACACAGUACGCGAUCCUAGCUGGCUUUGACUUCGUGCGACGCGUCUCUGCCAACACUGUGGAGGUGUGUGUGAAGGUGCAGGAUGGGAUCCAGACCCACCUGGCCCAGUUUCCUGCCACCAACCUCAUAUCCGUCCCGCUUCCGCUGGGCGAAGAGGACGAAUACGACUGGCCAGAACCGCUCAAAAACGAGUCCCGCAAACCUCUCCUGUUCGAUGUUUCAACCUCGGAUGAUGAGAUAGCGGAGCAUUUUAAGCUGCACCACUUCACGAGCCCCGGGAAGCGGUACAUCCGGCUGGACGCGGUGCUUGUCUCUAUACUGGACCUUGCAUACGAGGACUACCCGGGAGGCUUCUAUGUUAUUUCCGGUUCCGGUUACCGUCCACGAUCUGUAAACUUGGAUAACAUCGCCACAAGACAUGACCAGGAAACACUAAGAUUUGAAAUGGGUCAAGCUCUGGAGCUCAAACCCAACAUGCCCCCAACGGAAGACAACUUGUUCAAGCUGGCGGUGUCCCUCAUCAGGAUCAGCAAGGGUGUGCGACUCCAGCAGCUAGGGAUCGGGCUCGGGUGUAAGGCGGAUCGGCUGUACGUAGAACUGCGGCCGCUGCGUGACGACACGGCCCUGGUGGUGGAGGCAUGGGACAGCGGAAACAUGCCGCUUUAUCGACGCCUCAAGGAGCUGCAGGACAUGAUUGCGGACGGCGGUUCAGUGGUGACAGCUAGACCAGACCCAGUCAUUUGUAACACGCCCAAACUGGGCAGCCAGUACUUCUACUUCAACUUUGACCUCGACCAGGAGGGGCACUGCUGGUCAACAAAGGAUGAGUUUUGCGUCAUGACAUCCGAAAGCCGCUACAACGUGAGUGUGGUUCUCCAGCGGCGUCUCACGUCAGCGGCUGGGACGGGAAAACUGCCGCGCAAGGACAUAAUGCCGGAAAUAGAAGCCUGUAUCGUCAACACGUGCGGCGGAUGCCCGUCAGCCGGUUUGGUUUGGAAGGAGAAGGUCCUGACAUGUAGCCGGAUGAUUCUUAGGUUUCUAGAACGGGCCAGCGUCCCAUUCCAGCCCUUACUUGAUAAGGUAUCCAUCUUCAACACGGAGAAUCACGAGUCCGCGGUCCACUCGCUCGCCUGCCACGAUGGUCGUGUCUGUGUGGAGAAUACACAGAUAUACUCUCUUCUUAUGCCGGUCAACACAGCGACGUAUAGCGUGAACAACACAGAAGAGCUGCUGUUUGGAGGUGCAGAUAACCCGAGCCCCUUGCUGGAGAUCGUGGAGCAGGAGCUCGCGUGGCGGGCGGUCGGCGAGGUGGACGUAUUUCUAGAGUCAGCCAAGGACGUUAAUUCUCUCCGUAAUACCAUACAGAUACUAAUGAUGUACAACAAAAACGUUACGAAAAUAACAUUCCACGUUGACCCGGACGCAGAUGAAGAUGACGUCAUUGUGACGUUGCAAAGGAAGGUGGAGCAAUGGGUGUCCGGGGUGUGUCCUGAUUGGAGCAGAAUCGUAACCACGCCUUACACCAUGGUGAAAAUACCGCAUGACCGGAAAAGGCGGAGUAUGGAACGCAGCAAAGACAGAAAUCAAAUGACACUUGCAAUGAAAAACUGGGAAAUUGAUUGGAUGCUUAGGUCAUAAAGAACUAUGGAAACAAACGCAACCUUUUACCAAACUUACUGUUCUUAUAUGCCCAUUUUUACAUAUUGUAUCAUUAUUCCUUUUUGUUGUGUUUUAAAGAUUUUAAAUCCUAAAUCACAUGGUAUAUCUUAUUUAAGUUUCUAUAUUCCAUUUCUUUUGUGUUCCGUCCAUUAGCGUUUGUGGCUUACUGUUAACCAUACAUAUUGCAUAAAACCUCCAUAUUUUG